GGGAAUCUCCGGAAACACUCGCCAUGCUUCGGAUACGCACGCGCGUCACACCGAUUUGCUGCAUCUCCCUGGUGCGUUUGAGCUGCGUCAAGCUAGCGUGAGGUACCACUAGAAUUACGAGCAGUUUACAGAGCUAAUAACCAUUAACACACAACGAAUGUAAUGUCUUUUGACAUCCAGCUGAAGGCUGCAGCUUGACGCUCGUCAGGUCGACGGACGCUGCCUUGGAAACGACAUAAAUCCAAUUCAGGCAGCUGGGUCGCCAACAGGGACCCAGAUUUCCUCACUUCAAAGGCUCCUCUUCCUCCUCCUCCUCCUCCUCUUCCUCCUCCUCUUCCUCCACCUCCAUCCAUCCUUCGAGCUGCAAUCAUGGGCGAACCGAACUGAAAUGCUGAGCAGGAGAGAAGCGUCGGAUUGAACCAUUUAAAUAGACACGAAGAAGAGACUGCAGCCAGCCGUAGACCAGCAUGCCGUUGGUCAAGAGGAACAUCGAGCCCCGGCACCUUUGCCGCGGGGCGUUACCGGACGGGGUGACCAGUGAGCUGGAGUGUGUGACCAACAGCACUCUGGCCGCCAUCAUCAAACAGCUGGGCAGCCUCAGUCGCCAUGCAGAAGACAUUUUUGGAGAGCUGUUCAACGAAGCCAACAGCUUCUACCUGAGGAUGAGCAGCCUGCAGGAGAGGGUGGAUCAGCUGGCCGUGAAAGUCACGCAGCUCGACUCCACCGUGGAGGAAGUGUCCCUGCAGGACAUCAACAUGAGGAAGGCCUUCAAGAGCAGCACCAUCCAGGACCAGCAGGUGGUGUCCAGGACCUCCGUGCCCAACCCGGUGGUGGAGAUGUACCAUCGCUGCGACAAACCUCCCCCACUCAACAUCCUCAGCCCUUACAGGGACGACAAGAAGGACGCUUUGAAGUUCUACACCGACCCCUCGUACUUCUUCAACCUGUGGAAGGAGAAGAUGCUGCAGGCCACCGAGGACAAACGCAAGGAGAAGAGGCGACAGAAGGGCUGUCCGGCCCACCCUGACAGGCCCCACUCCAGACAGGCCCCACCCAGGAGCCCCCUGUCCAUCUCUGAGCAGCAGAAGCAGGUGGAGGACCCGGGCAGAGAGGUGAAGAAGGUGCGUAAGGCUCGUAACCGCCGGCAGGAGUGGAACGUCCUGGCCUACGACAAAGAGUUCAGACCUGACGCCCGCCUCACCCCCUCCCCCUACCAUGGCAUGUCCUCAGAGGGAUCCCUGUCCCCUGAUAGCAGGUCGAUGACUUCGGACUCUUACCCGGCGAGCCCCAACCACCCCUCCGCCCAGGUCCCCAGCGCCGUCCACCCCCCCGACCACGGCAGGGAGCACCUCAGCGCCGCGGCUCAGACUCAGUCCCUGGAUCGGAUCCUGCGGCCGCCCAACCAGCCCCCGGGGGCCACAGGUGCCGCGCCCGGGCGCCACGCAGCCUCUCUGGGCCGGACUCCGUCAGGACACGGAGCGCAGCCGGGCGGAGACCCCACGGUUAACGGGCCGAGGCAGCAGUCCGUUAAGGAGUACCGGGCCGGGCACGGUGGUCAGCCCUCCACCAUCCCAGAGUACUACAUCCCCCCCGCCCCUCCUCCCCCUCCCCCGACCAUCCCCUCGGCUCAGACGGCCUUCGACGCCGCCGCCGUGCCUCCCGGCGCCGCCUCCGCCGUCCCCCCCACCUCCUCCACCCUCUCCCGCCCCUACUCCCCUUCUCCUCCUCCUCCCCCGGCCAACUACGUGCCCUCCCCCUCCCACCCUCCGUCGGGCGCCCCGCCGGCCGCCCCUCCUCCCCCGCCGCCCGGUGUCCCGACGGGCUACCACGGUCACGCGUCGCCCCUCCAGGCCGGCGUGGACGGAGCGCCGGCAACCAGGAAGUCCACCAUGCUGGGGAUGAUCCCGAUGAGCGACGCCCGCUCAGACCUGCUGGCCGCCAUCCGUAGAGGCAUCCAGCUGAGGAAGGUGCAGGAGCAGCGUGAGCAGGAGGCGAAGAGGGAGCCGGUCGGCAACGACGUGGCGACCAUCCUGUCGCGCCGCAUCGCCGUGGAGUACAGCGAGUCCGACGACGACUCCGAGCUCGACGAGAACGAGUGGUCUGACUAAACGUUUGAAAUAAAGGGGGGGGGCGGGUGAUCACUGGGAGUAAAGGGGGGCUGAUGCAUUGAGACACUGAGGUGGUGAUGACGGGGUUUGGUGAUGGUUCAUCAUUAACAUUUCAACAUUAAUUCAAUCAUACAUUCUUGCAGCCUCGCUUCGACAGCAACAGGUUGCCCCUGACGAUGCCUGUUCUCUCCCCCCCCCCCCCCCCCCAACAACCACCACCACUCAUUUGUAACCACUAAUGUGACAGACAAACCCCUCCCUCGCUGCGUAUGAGAGUGGUAAUUAUUAUCAGUCCUGCAGGUUACGAGCCUGUAAGUAAAGUCAGGAGGGCCCCCAGUGAAGAGGGGUGGGGGGGGGGGGCGAUGUGUUUACAAAGCACAUGGUAUAGCACAAAACUGUUGUAGUGCAAUCUUAACUUAUCUGCCAAAUGCUGAGAAGGAAUUAAUGGAAACGUGAGGAAAAUCAGGGAAAAGUUAGAGGAGGAAACACUGACUUUUGAGAGUCCGGCUUUUUGAUCGUUUUACCCAACUUGAGACGAAACAAUCGGCUCCUAAAUCUUCUUCCUGUAAUCAAACCUGCCGUGCGCGUUGAGCCUGUACCUUUAGAUAUCUCCAUAGUUACCUAUCUUUGUCACGUUAUUUAUAAUGUGUCAAAAAUAAAUGCAUUUUCAGUAAGAAAGACAUGGAAUCAAAUAGAAUGAAGAUUCAGAUUUAUCAACGGGUGAGAUUACACAUUCUCCUUACUGCUCAAAGGUCCGGAGUUUCUCAACUUAUUUACAUUUAAAACGCAGACUUUUUUAAACACACAGCUCAAACUGCAGCGGACAAGGUUCAUAAUUUAGGUGCAUCUCCAGAUCUUGUGUAUUACAUUUUGGUAGCUGUGCAAUGAGUGUUUUUAAUGGCUUGUUUAUCGUGUUAAUUUCUACAUAUUUUGUGAAAAAGUUUAAUUUUUUUUAAUGUUUUUUAAUUCUACUUUGUUUUAAAAAAAGAAAUCGAAUUAUUUCUUCAAAAGUGUCAAAUUUACCUAAAAAUUCUGACUUUUUUUUCUAGUUUUUUAGCAUUUUAUUAGACACCAUGCAACCUGCCAUUAUAAUUACAUGACACGCAACAUGUAGAAGUAUCCACAGAGAAAUGAGAUGCUGUUUCUCUUAUUUUAUUUCUGGUAAAGCGAUUGAAAAGCCCCUAAAGUCCGUGCAGUCCUCCAUACUUUAAUCAUUGUGGCGCACAGUAGUUCCCUUAUUGCGUAAUAGCUGAAGCGAGCGCCAUUCUUUUUAUUUUGUCACCAUUCAUGACAUUUCAGGCAGUGACAGUGUGCUGUGGUAUUGGUCUUUAUAUAUAAACGCUUCCACACACACACACACACACACACCGGAGUCGCCCUCACAGAGCUUCGUCAUCCUGAGCCAGGGGUCAAAGGUCACCCGUUCCAUGCGACCCCCGCUCACUUGGUGAACGCAGACUAUAAAUACUAGGUGUAAGAGCAGUAAUAUAUUCUCUAUCUCUUUUCAGUAUAGGUUUGGCUAAUCCUCCGUAUGAGCUGAUUGGACUGUAGUGUUUUUCUAUAACGUGGUUUUUCUUUUGACGAUGUGCUGCGGUGAGUUGUUCACUUUGGUUUAGUUUUUUGGGGGUUUUCUAUUCCGGGCUGUAGUCGAGGUACAGGAAAAAACAGUUUCACUCAAAUCAGAGAAGCAUUUCUAACUUAAUACUGCUUUUAAUCUAUUCUCGAGCGUUAAAAUCCCCCCAAAAACAGCAUGUAAUGCUAGGUUUAUGCAUUUCCUAACACUCAAUAAGUUCCAAUGUUCCUAUUUUUUGGGGGGCAAUGAAGCAUUUGGGGUUUGCUUGAAUCAUGAGACACAAUUGCAAUGUGAAAGAAAUCCCCUCAAGCUGUUUUUAGUUAUCCUUUUGUGCUAAUUAAAUCUCCCUGUGGAGAGAAAUUAGACAAAUUUGAGAAGCAAGUCGAUUAUAAAUAAAUAUAAGCACUUAACUUCAAAAGAGCAAAUGGAAACGUGUAAAAGUGUAGUUACUUCCUGCUUUGCAUUGAAAUAUAGGCAGAAAUGUGCUGUAAACGUCACAUUUUCCACCAAGUUUGGCACAAUUGGAUAUAUAUUUUCACCAUUUUAAAACACCAAACAGAUUGGCAGCUAAACCAAUCAGAGAGCAGGGAUCCAACAUGAAUUUGACGCCCAUAUUUGGUCUGUGGGAUCGAGGCGUUUGGUUUUAGUUGAGUAGUUAUUUUGUUGUUGUAAAUAAAUACCACAUGCUAUUUACAGAACGGCUCACUGUGGAAGAACACAGACUGGAUUAAACUGGACCUUUGAUGGAUGUGUUGUUGCUGGUGGUUCUCCCCGAUUGUUUGGUAAAGUACUUAUGUUUGUUAAAGCGGAGAAGCACACGUGUCAUGGAUACAACUCCCUCUGCCCUAAAAGCACUUCCUGGUCUCUGUUAUGUCCUUAAAUGUAAAAGCUGUGACUGAAAGACCUUAAAAACAUUAGCCCUAUUUUUCUUAAACUGGAAAUACUUGCCGACCAAAUCAGGCUAAACUCCACCUCUUGUAUCUAUGGCUACUGGCUUGUGGGAAUACUUCAUUAUGUGUUGAAAAUGUGAGAAUUGAAAUCAUGUUGUAUAGACUUUUUGGCGACGCAGCCUGUAAAGUUAAAAAAAAUAUCCAUUCGGGGUGAUAUAACAUAGACAAUGGAACAAAAUAAACUGUGUAUUGCACACUAAAACCAACUGUAAGCAAGUAUGCAUGUAACUAUAGACAAUAAAUG